GGAAACUGUGUAAAGCGGUUGAAGUCGAAGUCGAAGUCAAAGUCGAAGUCAGUAUCGAAGCUAAGCUUUGUCGGUCUGUUCUGCUAUGUGACUUGAGUUGCAAACACCAGUUGCCAUCGCUUCUCUAGCAGUUACAGGUUUAACCAGUAAAUUCAUUUUAGACUUCUAUUACAUAAGGAUGUGCUGAAACGUGGCUGUGAAGUUAAACUUAAUUAGCAAAAAAAAUCUUAUAAAAUAAAUAUAUAAAAUUAAGUAAAAUCGACAUUGUGGAAAAUAAAUAUACUAAUUGCAUUUACAUAUGUUAUAUAUUUAUAUAUUCAUAUAUAUAUGUUAGUGCAUAUAAAUAGUGGCAAUUAAUCUUAUUUUCUAUUUGUGAAAGUUGGUGUAUUGAUAUAUAUAUACGCACGUUAAAAUGUGUCAACUAUCCGUCGUAAAGAUACCCUGAAAGAUAAUGAAACUGUGAUAUACGCGAAUUGCGAAUGAAAACCAUUACCUCGCAAACAGGUAUUUAAGUAAACUGAGACUGAAUGCAAACUAAAGCAAACUAUUCUUAUAUGUAUACCGAAUAUUUACGAAAAAUAAAAUUGCAAAAUACCAGCCAUAUUUAACUGUUCGAAGAAGAUACAAAUUUGCUCCUGUAACAGAUGCGAGUCACGAGCACGCUGCAACGCUUCAAAUUGCUGGAAGUGCACAAGAAUCUUAAUAAACCUCAUCCAAUAUUUUUGCUAUGUAAUUAAAUUUUUUUUUGUUUUUUGCAUUUGAGUACUUAAAAUCGAGUUUAAAAUUUUUGUAAUAUCUACUUAUGCUCAAUGCGAUUACUUCGCGACUUUUGUAAGUUUUUAUUAUUGCACUGAUUGCAUUUCACUACUCCAUUUUCUGACAAGCUCAACUUCCUCUCUUCCAACGUCUCGCUCGAUUUGGAGGAGUGACUUCAAUGUAACUGAUAAUAACACUCACAACACAAAGCGACAUACUGUUUAACUUUAAUUUUCUUGUGAAAGUUAGUAUCUCAUUCAGUUACUUAUCAUCAUCAAAACCGCGCUGUCGUCAAUAAACUCUCUUCAUUGGUGUUCUAUAUUAAUAUCUUGUUACAGACGAAAAGACGACAAGACGAGAAGACGACAAAACGACAGUCAACGCCACAAUUUUCUUAUUAGUUUUUAUAUAAUCAACGCAUUUAAAGCGCGUCCAUUCAAAUAGCUAACUUAAUUAAUUGUGAAUCGAAUUUGUUUGCGCUCAUUUAAUAUAACAAUAAUGCAUUAAAAUUUAAUUAAAAUUAAAGGAAGUGAACUGUGUAAAUAUCUCUAUAUAUAAUACAUAUAUAUUAAAAUAAACAAAUACAAUAAAAUACAAAAUCAAAGACAAUUCAAAUAAAUCAAAGUUAAUCAACAAAAUGAAGUUAAAAAACGGGUCUGCAGCUAUGGAAUCUCUACUGGUAGCUCCGAACACAGUCAAAGUGCAGCCUAUACGGACGCAUUCAAAUGCCUCUUCACUAUUCAAUUUUCGACAUACAAAUAAUCAUGGUCUAGAUGUUGAAUGUGGCAACGAAGAAGAUGGCUUGGGCUAUCAUCAUACACUGCCACGUGAACGGGUUAUCGACAUGUCACCCGAAGAUCAGAAAAAAUGGGAAAUGGAAGAAAUGUUAAAACCUAUUGAUCUCGAAAAAGCAAAUAUACACAUCGAUCCAUCACCAUUUCAAUUGGUCGAACGUACUUCGAUACUUAAGGUGCACUCUUUAUUCUCCAUGGUGGGAAUAAAUCAUGCCUAUGUCACAAAAAUUGGUCGCCUUGUGGGUGUGGUUGGUCUGAAAGAGUUGCGCAAAGCAAUUGAAGACAUCAAUAGUAAUAAUUUUGUUGUACAAAACCAAAUUAAAGUUGAAGAAAAACCCAUAAUCGAGAAACCCUUGCUUCCCGACGCUACAAGUGACAAGCAAGUGAACACUACUGUUACUUCAAUGGAUUCGGCAUUAUCGAAUUCCGACAAUUGUUCUGAUAUUGAAAUGGAGAAUAUUAAGACUCAAACACAGCAACAAGAGCAGCCCCAAGCAACAAAUCAAAUUACUUGCGAAAGCAAUGAAACCAGUAAUAAGUGAUCUAAUUGAUGCCAUAACUAUUUUAUUAUCGUAAACCACGAACCUCAUCCAAAGUUUAAUAUAAUAGCAUAGAUCAACUACUUUUAAUUAUUGUGUAUUCUGAAUUGUUAU